AUGAGAGCCCGAGGCAGUGUGGGGGCUUCGGGGUCUCGGGCGCUGGGGAAGAAGGAGCCCCCCAGCCCUGACCGGGCCAGGCGUGGGACUGUGUUUCAUGGACUUGGCCUCUGGGCGCCUGCGCCACUCAAGGUGGCCCGAGAUGUAGCAGCUGGAGGACACCAGGCGAUAUUCUCUCAUUCGGAAGAGCAGGAAGCAAGGCCUCCCGUUCUUGGCAGGCAAGUGAGCGCCUGCGCGCGGGAGCCGCCGGGCUCCUGGCCCACUGUUCUGGGUCCUGCUGUGCCCAAGUCACGAGGUCUCUGUGCUCCCGUGCCCACCCCCUUUCUGACCGGGUUGUUGGUGCCAGGCAGGCCAGAACCAUCUUUUGUGCCCAUCGGACCUUCUGACAGCAGGGGCAGUUGGGGCACGUGCAAGGGAGGCCAGAAAGGGCUGUGUGUCUGUCCAGCCUGCCAUGGUACAGGUGCAGAUCGCCGAGGCCCUGCCCUCGAGGAGCCUGGGGGGGACCUGGAUUCCGGUGCAGCCAUGAUAGCAGUGCUUUCCCCAAUUACGGCGCCCCCCCACUCCCGCCGCCGCAGGCAACCCACCCCUGCAGCCCCCUGGGGGCUGAAGCCCCCGCGGUUCAGCUUCGGCUCCCAGCUGGGCUCAGCAGCCAGAACAAGGGGCUGGGGGAGAGGGGGAGGCAGAGACUUGACAAAGUGGCUCCCCUCUGCCAUGGGGCAGCAGGGGGCUUUCCUCCAGAUCCCACAUCCCUCAGAUCUGCCUGGGCCAGCUGAGAUCCUGGCCAGGCCUGGGACCAGCCUCCAGGGCCUGGAAUGGAUUAUCUGUCUGGCUCCUGGAGCAACUCCUCCCCGUGAUGCCCCACUGCACACCCUGGGGACACCCCCCUAUGCCCUCCUUAAACUCUGCUGCCUAUACCUGAUCCCAACAGGGCAGAUGCGGCUGUAUGAGGCCAGAGCCUGGCAGACAGGUCACUUCCUGAGGCCUGGAAGCCAGGCCUCCCUGCAUGCAGCCCAUGCGUCAGGCCACUUCACUUUGUUCAGAAAAGGGGUCUUUCUGAUCCCUGCUUCCUGCCUACAGGUGGAGGCAUGGCCAACCUCAUCCUUGCCCCCACUAGAGACACCGCUCACAGCUGGUGCUCGACUAUGGGGAUGUGAAUGUGUUCUUGUGGGAGUCUACUUGAGCUGUCCUGGGGAAGCUGAGGGGUGCCAUACCUGCUGCUGGGGAGCCUGUACCACCUCCCCCUGCUCUACCUUCAGGUCCACUCCCAACAUGAGGCUGCUGCAGGCUGUCCUCUGCCUGAUAGGGAACAUGUAUGCUUUCUUCUCAUGCAAAGCCAACACUUCUGCCACACCACCAGCCCACAACCCCAGCUGGGGUGUGCCCACUGCAGGGGCUCCUGGGGAGGGAGAAGGGCAGCUAGUGGGGAGGCUGAGGAAGGACAGACAGACAAAGGCUCUGGGUGGGGGUGGCCUGAGCGCUAACUGCCCCUCCCCUCCAAUCCUAGGCCAGUUGAGGCCCCUGCACCCAGGUGCACCCACCCACACAGGAAAGGGUGGCCUGCAGCUGAAGCUCCCCUCCCCCAAGGCAGGGCAUCAAGAAAUCCAACAGAAAUCUGCCAGAUUCACUGAUCGUUGCUCAUCUUGGCACAGCAGAGGGCUGCUCGUUACUGGACCCUGGCGAGCACAGGGAGCUGCCCACUUCCACAACUGUAGCCUCCUCCAAGAUGACCAGAUCCACUGUCAGCCCCUGAAGUAUGCGCCCACUCCUCAGGGGUCAUACCCUCAGGUCUCCAUGGCGAGGGGUCCAGACGGCACAUUGGUGGCGUGUGCUCAGGUGAAGAGACGGCGUCCACGGAGCCUGGCCCAGGAGCUGAACGGGGCCUGUAGCCUUCUGGGGGCAGACUUGGGCCUAGAGAGUUGCUUUGGCUUCUCUAGCAUUGAGAAUCUCCCAGUCCAAGAAACCUGGGGUGGAAAUCCUGGGGGUUCAUGCCUGAGCCUGGAGCCUGCUGCCAGCGGCCCCCACCAGGACCGUCCCAACGCCAACCGUAACAACCACAACAGCAACCCCAGCAUCAAGGAGAAUCAGGCCCUGGAGAAGGAGGAGGAUGGGGAGGCGGGCACAGAGAUCGCCAUUGUCCUGGAUGGGUCUGGAAGUAUAGACCCCUCCGACUUCCAAAGAGCCAAGGACUUCAUCCACAACAUGAUGCAGACCUUCUAUAAGAAAUGCUUUGAGUGCCGCUUUGCAGUGGUCCAGUAUGGGGAAGUGAUCCAAACAGAAUUUGACCUUGAGUACAGCAGAGACGUCGAUGCCUCCCUCCAGAGAGUCAUGAACAUAAUCCAAGUGGGGAAAGUGACUAAGACUGCCUCAGCCAUCCAGCAUGUCCUGGAUUCUGUCUUCACUUCCAGCCGGGGAUCCCGGGAGAAGGCUUAUAAGGUCAUUGUGGUGCUGACGGAUGGUGACAUUUUUCAGGACCCCCUGAACCUGAGCACUGUGAUCCACUCUCCUCAGAUGAAGGGCAUUGAGCGUUUUGCCAUUGGGGUUGGAGCCGCUUUCAACAACACAAAGGCCAACCAGGAGCUGCACUUGAUCGCCUCAGACCCCGAUGAGACCCACGCCUUCAAGGUGACUGACUACUCGGCUCUGGACGGACUGCUGAGCAGCCUUGAGCAAAGGAUCAUCAGUGUAGAAGGCACUAUUGGAGAAGCCUUACAGUAUGAGCUGGCCCAGAUCGGCUUCAGUGUGCACGUCCUGGGCAAGCAGCAGGUCCUGCUGGGAGCUGUGGGGGCCUUUGACUGGUCAGGAGGGGUUAUGCUGUACAACACAGACAGCCAUCAGUUUCACUUCCUCAAUGAGUCCAUGAAGGAGCCCAGGACUGCCCAGUACAGCUACCUGGGCUACUCACUGACAUCAGUGAAGGCACGCAGUGGCACCUCCUACCUCGCCGGAGCACCCCAGCACGGCCAGAGAGGAAAGGUGCUCUCCUUCAGGAGGGAUGCUCCAGCCCUAGGCUUCCUCCCUGUCCUGGAGGGAGAGCAGAUGGGUUCCUACUUUGGUUCCGAGCUCUGCACCCUGGAUGUGAACAUGGAUGGGGUCACGGACCACCUGCUCGUGGGAGCACCCUUUUAUCAUGUUCGGGGGGAAGAAGGCCGGGUAUAUGUGUACCGCCUGGAAGGGCAGCCUGACUCCUUUGUGCUGUCGCUGACCCUGAGCGGCCGGCCCCAGUUUGUCUUUGCGAGAUUCGGGUUUGCAAUCGCUGCUGCAGGGGACCUCAACCAGGACAGACUGGGCGACGUGGUCAUCGGGGCGCCCCUGGAGGGGUACCCGGUGGGCGCUGACACCAGCUUCGGCAGCAUCUACAUCUAUAACGGGCACCCUGACGGCAUCGCGGGCAGCCCUUCUCAGUGGGUCCGAGCAGCCAACCUGGCCCCAGGGCUGCGGUAUUUUGGGGUGUCCGUCGAUGGCGGAGUUGACAUCUCUGGGGACGGCUUGGAUGAUGUCGCUGUUGGUUCUCUGGGCCGGGCAGCUGUGUUGUGCUCCAGGCCUGUGGUCAGGCCACAGGCUGCCAUGAUCUUCAGCCCCAGCAUGGUGAGGCCUGGCCACUAUCAGAACAUCAGCACCCGACUGUGCUUUGAGAUGACCCCAGACAGCCCAUGGGCCAGGAAAGGGGCCAAAGGGCUGCCACUGAAUGUGACCAUCGAGCUAGAUGUGAAGAAGCAUUGGAAGCGGGUUCUGUUUGAGGAUCGGAGCUCUCGGAGCCAGCAGGAGUGGCUGGGCCCUGGCUGUGUCGACUUCCUGCUUAUCCCAGCUGAGGGAGAGGCAUGUGACAAUGACUGCUUUUCCAACAUCACAAUCAAGGUCAGCUACCAGCUAAGUAACCUGGAGGGCCAUUGGGAGCACCCCCAACCCAUCCUGGAUCAGCUCAGCAAGCCCACUGCCCACUUUGAGCUGCCCUACGAGAAGAACUGCCAGAAUAAGUCCGUCUGUGUGGCCGAAUUGAAGCUGAAGACUCACCUGUCCCCGAAGAAAGUAGUGGUGGGGGUCACAAGGGAAGUAACGAUGAACAUUCACCUUGCCAACACUGGGGAAGACUCCUACAUGACCAGAAUGAUUUUGAUGCACCCUCCAAACCUACAGCUGAAGAGAAUCCAAAAGCCCUACGCACCCCCCAUAGAGUGCAUGGAUCCCACACCUGCCAUCAUCUGCAAGAUUGGCCACUCCGUGUUCAAGAAGUCAUAUGUCAACUUAUCAAUAACUUGGCAACUAGACGAAAAAAAAUUUCCCAAUGAAACAGCAGAAAUUACCAUUAAUGUUACUAAUUCCAAUGGUCAGCCCCCAGUGGAGGAGAGACAGGAGCUUCAGGUCAAGUACCACCUUGCUGUAGCUCUCCAUAAGACCCCCUCCCCUCCUCGAGCUCAUUGGUGUCAUCUCAUCCACAGACCCCUAGUGACGUACAUGACCCCCAGCCGAGGCCUUUCAGAGCACAAAGAGUUCCAGUUUGACAUCCAUGGGGAAAAUCUCUUUGGAGCUGAGUUUGUAUUAGAGGUCUGUGUUCCUGCCAAAGUGCAAGGCCAUGACAUCAUAAAACUGAAGAAUGUAACAACCGCACAGGCCGGUUCGAAGUGCAGCAGGGAACCAGGGUGCAAGGCCCGCUGCCCAGAAGAGCCCGCCGAGGCUGCGGACCUGCAGUGGCUGCGUCUGCGCUGUGCGCUGUCCUCCGCCCCCUCCAAAGUGGGGCUGGGGGUGGAGCUGAGCCCGCAGCUGCCCGAGGCCCUGUCGAAGCUGUGCAUCCCCGCUGAGAUCUCCUUCCACGAAGGCGUGUACGAGAGCCUGGGGCCGGGCAGCCUCAGGAGCUCGAUCACCAUUAUCCUGCUGAAGGCCCCCAGGCUUCUCACCUUGCCCAUCAUCCUAGGAAGCAGUGCUGGUGGAGUUCUGCUGCUGGUUGGGAUCAUCGCCAUGCUUUGGAAGUGUGGCUUUUUUAAGAGAAAAUACCAGGGAGCUGCCUCAGGCAACACAAGAAAAUCACAGGAAUUGGAAAACUUGCCCCAGGCAGAGAACUAGGGCCCUGUUAUUGGUGUCAUCCUUAAGAUUUAACCUUCACAUCAAACCAUGCUGUCCCUUUGACCUGGCAAUACCACGUCUGGCUCUGUAUCCCAAAGAGAUUAAAAAGAAAAAGGGAAAGAACCUACAUGUACAAAAUAUCUAGAUCAGCUCUUUUCUGAUGGCCAAAAACUGGAAACUAAAGGGAUGUGUAUCAAUUUGGGAAUGACUGAGCAAGUUGUGCUAUGUGAUUGUGA